UCGGGGACUCGGAGGCUGGAAGGGCUCGGGAGCGGCUGCUCCUUUCGGCCGGUGAGGAAGGAAGGGGCUGCCGGGGAAGAGAGGGCUGGCCAUGCCGGUCCCCGCGCCGAGCCGGGUGGCGGCGCUCCUUCUCCUCCUCCUCCUGGGACUUUGUUGGGCCGAGAAGGUCUCGAGCCGUCCUCGCAACGUGCUACUCAUCGUAGCUGAUGAUGGUGGCUUUGAGAGUGGUGUCUACAACAACACUGCCAUUGACACCCCACACCUGGAUGCCUUGGCCAAGCGCAGCUUGAUCUUCCGGAACGCCUUCACCUCCGUCAGUAGCUGUUCUCCCAGCCGGGCAAGCAUUCUGACAGGCCUGCCCCAGCACCAAAAUGGGAUGUAUGGGUUGCACCAGGAUGUACAUCACUUCGACUCCUUUGAUAGUGUCCGUAGCCUCCCCUUGCUGCUCAGCCAGGCAGGGGUCCGGACAGGGAUCAUUGGGAAGAAGCACGUCGGACCAGAGGCUGUAUAUCCUUUUGACUUUGCCUACACGGAAGAAAAUGGCUCUGUCCUGCAAGUGGGAAGGAAUAUCACCCGAAUUAAGCUGCUUGUUCGGAAAUUCCUCCGCAGUCAGGAUGAAAGGCCUUUUUUCCUUUACGUUGCGUUCCAUGAUCCUCACCGUUGUGGCCACUCUCAACCCCAGUACGGAGUCUUCUGUGAGAAAUUUGGAAAUGGGGAGAUGGGAAUGGGCUGGAUCCCAGACUGGAAGCCCCAGCACUAUAGCCCAGAUCAAGUACAGGUUCCAUAUUUUGUACAGGACACACCGGCUGCUCGUUUAGAUCUCGCUGCUCAGUAUACGACCAUUGGGCGCAUGGAUCAAGGCAUUGGCCUUCUUCUGGAGGAACUACGUAGCGCCGGCUUCCACAACAGUACGCUUGUGCUCUACACUUCGGACAACGGUAUUCCCUUCCCUAGUGGCAGAACCAACCUGUACUGGUCAGGCACAGCUGAACCCCUCCUCAUCUCCUCCCCAGAGCAUCCUGCCCGCUGGGGCCAGGUCAGCAGUGCCUAUGCUAGCCUGCUGGAUGUCACCCCCACCGUUCUGGACUGGUUCUCUGUGCCCUAUCCCAGUUACAGCCUCUUUGGGAAGCGGCUGGUGCAACUCACUGGCAAGUCUCUGCUGCCAGCCCUGUCCUUUGAGCCGCCGUGGUCCACCGUGUUUGCAAGCCAGAGCCUGCAUGAGGUGACCAUGCACUACCCCAUGCGAGCAGUGCAGCGAGGGCCCCUGCGCUUCAUUCACAACCUGCAGCACCGCAUGGCCUUCCCCAUUGACCAAGACUUCUAUGUAUCUCCCACAUUCCAGGACUUGCUGAACAGAACGCAGGCAGGGCAGCCCACCCACUGGAACAAGACUCUGCACACCUAUUACUACCGGGAACGUUGGGAACUGUAUGAUCAUAGCACUGACCCCUCAGAGAGCCACAACUUGGCUUUGGAUCCGCGCUAUGCGCAGCCUCUAGAGGAGCUCUGGGGGCUGCUGCUAAAAUGGCAGUGGGAAACGGAUGACCCUUGGGUCUGUGUACCUGAUGGUGUCCUGGAGGACAAGCCCAGCCCUCAGUGUCGGCCGCUUUAUAACGAAUUCUGAUUUUUCCUUCCCUGCGGUGGCAGCUCUUCCUUCCUCAUUUAGAAGAGCAACAACAGGAAAAGCGCUGCUGCAAUCCAAGUGGGCUUGGAUAUAAAGUGUAUCUGCUGCAGUUUGUGGAGCAAAACACUGGGCAGUUGGCAGUGGGGGGGGGAGGAGGUGGAGUGAAAUGCAGAAGCGUGAUUGCUGCCCACAGAUGGGGAAGUGAUGCCUGUCAACAUUUUUAAUUGCUACAGAUGCACACAGCACCCUAGCGAAAUGUUUGCUGCCAAAGGAAUGCUGUGAGUGCCUAAUGCAAGAGGGUUGAAUUCUUGGUCUACCAGAUGGUUGGGCUUCCCAUCAGUCUCACCCAGCAUAGCCAUAGUGGUACAGCGCAAAAUAGCUGGAGGCCCCAGGGUCCCAUAGCCUUGGCUUAAUGGGUGAGGUGGGAGUUGCUCUGGUUAUGGUCACACUGCAUGGGUCAGCCCUACCCCAGCUUCCUCAAUGUCAGAAAUAGCACUUUCGCGGAAACGUGUGCAGCAGGACUGGGAACUGUGUGGCCCUCCAGAUCUUCUUGGACUAUAACGCCCAUCAGUUCUCUCU